GUAGAAGCUUCAUUUUGUUAACUUAUACUCUCAAAACACUCCUUGAACACCCGAUCAAAAAUAAAAACACUCCUUAGACAACCAUUGUCCGAUUAUAACAAUUUCAAUUCUGCUGUGAAUUCUCCCUAUCCCAUCUGAGCACUUAGACCACUCGGUUAAUAAACUUCAUAUCCUACGUAAAGUAAUGGCACCACAGAUGGCGGUCGAUGUUGUCCCUUGUACUGGUAAAGUUCAGAUGCUUAAUACUGGAUAUUCAAAGAGAGCUUACGUAACUUUUUUAGCUGGUAACGGUGAUUAUGUUAAGGGUGUAGUUGGACUAGCAAAGGGCUUACGUAAGGUUAAGAGUGCUUACCCUUUGGUUGUUGCCAUGUUACCUGAUGUACCAGAGGAACACCGUGAAAUCUUGCGAUCUCAAGGAUGUAUUCUUAGAGAAAUCGAGCCAAUUUAUCCACCAGAACAUCAGAUUCAGUUUGCUAUGGCAUAUUACGUGAUCAACUACUCUAAACUACGUAUAUGGGAUUUUGAGGAGUACAGCAAGAUGAUGUAUUUAGAUGCUGAUAUACAAGUGUUCGAGAACAUAGACCACCUUUUCAAUGCGGAAGAUGGAUAUUUCUAUGCAGUGAUGGAUUGUUUUUGCGAGAAGACAUGGAGUCAUUCUCCACAAUAUUCAAUCGGCUACUGCCAACAGUGCCCUGAGAAAGUUACAUGGCCUACUGAAAUGGGCUCACCUCCUCCUCUGUAUUUCAAUGCAGGAAUGUUUGUGUUUGAGCCAAGCAGGUUGACUUACGAAAGUCUUCUUCAGACUCUUCAAGCCACUACUCCAACACCCUUUGCUGAGCAAGAUUUCUUGAAUAUGUUCUUCAACCACAUAUAUAAACCUAUCCCUCCCACAUACAACUUGGUUCUUGCCAUGCUGUGGCGCCAUCCAGAGAAUGUUGAGUUUGACAAAGUUAAAGUGGUCCACUACUGUGCAGCUGGAUCAAAACCAUGGAGAUACACCGGGAAAGAAGCUAACAUGGAAAGGGAAGACAUCAAGAUGUUAGUAGCAAAAUGGUGGGAUGUUUAUAACGAUGAAUCACUUGAUUUCAAGGCCAGUGAUAACACAGUUCCGGAGGACGAUACAUUCUCAAGGUCAUCUUCAGUAAUGGCUAAUUUUCCGGAACCUGCAGUUUCUUAUGUUCCUGCACCCUCCGCAGCUUAAUGAUAUCAAUUAGAAUGAGAGAAAAAAAAAAACUGAUUUUAUUAUUGGUGUGGGUGCUAGCCAGUAGAUUUCUUAUUUAAAAUUGCAGUUUGUUGGGAAAAUUUCAGGAAUACAUAAAAUAAUAGACCAUAUAUAUAUAUAUAUAUAUAUGUAUGACAUAACUCUUC